AACCAAAACUGCCAAAACUAAUCCAACUGACGCAAAUUAAAAUAAAAUUAAAAAACUGUUUUAUUGCAGGCAAACGGUUCAAAAAGUAUUAGAAAAUACUUCUUGCGAACACGUCGCCUUAUCUUACUUAUUGCUACUGCAGUUGCUCCUACUUAGAAGAUUUCUGGAUAAGAAUUUUAGCAAUUUUUUGGCGAUCAUGAGUUUUGUUAGCAACAUUUUGGAGGCUGCAACGAACGUAGAUCUUAAUCAAAGCCUUUCAGACAUACGCACAGACAUAGAAAUAUUGAGAAAACACAUUUUGGAACAUGUUGAUGAUGUAUUUGUUAAAUACAAGCAUCGAAAUACAUUAAAUGGGAUGCAUGUCACAGAACUAUUGAGAUGCCAACAAGCAUUAGAUGAGUUGGAGGGUAGGAUUGAGUUAAGUUUGAACACAAAACUGCAAUCUGCUGUUAAUCGAAACCUCCCCAAAAAUGUCCAAGAAAAGUUGAAAAUAGUUGAAUGCACCCUACAGGGAUUGCUUAGUAUUCGAAGCAUACUAACAUUGAUUGAUGAUUUGAAAAAUCAGCUAGAACACGCGCAAUAUGAUGGCUGUGAUCAAGCGAUACAAUCCUUAAAAAAUAUUUUCAAGGAUGUUCCCACAGACGAAAGUAUUCGCAAAGCUGUUGAGACUCUUCAAAUGGUGGUGGCGGAUAGGGAGAGUACAUUGCAUCAAAAAUUGGGCCAAAAAUUUGCUGAUAACAUCGACAUAAUAUGCGAUGACGCAAAAUAUACCACGACAAUAAAAAUAAGAAAGCAAAAUGAAGAAAUGGAGAACAUUGUUUCAGCAUUGUGCAGUUGCGUUGAACGCGAGGCAUUUUUGCACCAAUUAGCAAACGACCUGUGGAAAUAUAUCUUUGUUCCUAUUAUAAAUAAGAGCGUAAUAUUGACGGAAAACGAAGAUGCUGCUUAUAAUUUGCUGACUGUCCGCGAAGAAUCGCGUAACAAAGCGAAUUAUUCAACCGUUUUUAAUAAUCUGGAGCAAGUAGUAAAUUUCCUGGCGGCCAAUUUGCCUUAUACCAUCUCAGAAACGACCACAGUAUUGCAAUAUAUUGGCGCGGAUUUUAAUAGUCAAUUGUCUGACUUAAUUGUGAAAAAUUGCUUGAAAGACACCAUACUUUCAGAUGUUCAGGAACUGCAAAACUACAAGAUCGUUAUUGAUGCUACUGAUAAGCUACAGAAAACGUUGUUAGAAUCGCAAAUAUUUACUAGUGCGACUCCAUCCAUUCUGGAGUACGUUGGCCAAGAAAAAAAUAUUUGCAUUGAUAAAAUGUGCAGAAAAUAUACAACGCAAGCAAAGGAAAUCAUGAAAAAAAGUUUGCUCGAUUUAGUCGAAGUUGGUGUGGCACAUAAUCCGCAGGACCCUUUAGGCUCCAAUCUAGAAUUUCCACAAUGCUCCGUUUCAAGACACGUUGAAGAGUUAUUGAUCUUUUGUGAUCAGCUACUCAAACCACCCGCAGUAGAGUCACCAAAGUGUGAUAGUGAUGCGAAACGUUUUAUUGCAGUUUGCAAUAUUAUGUCGACGUAUUGUGUUUUUGUGCCGGAGUUCCACAAGCCAUACUUAUCCUCUGAUAAUGCAAUGCCGCAAGCAGCCGCCGUUUUUAUGAACAACUGCCUGUAUAUCGCAUGCAAAUCAGCCACAUGGGAUAAGCUGUAUGCCAAACACUUGAAGCCGCUAGAUUUUUUCAAUUUUCUAGCAGAAGCUAUAAAUAUGUCCACAACCGGCCGCCACAUAUUCAUUCAGUACGUUUUAAAGCAACUGAAGGAGACCGAUGAAACAAUGAAAGAAGCUAAAUUGGAUGGUACUGUUAUAAUGAAACUACAACCAAACACCAAAAAAUGUAUUCGGCAAUGUUUGAAGCAGCUAGAAAAACUUGAAAGAGUUUGGCGCAAAAUCCUCUCGUUUGACAAAUACAACAAAACCAUUGGAAGCUUUGUUAACGUUUUAUGCAAACACCUUGUAAGUGAUACAUCUAAGUUCAAAAACAUUGAAAAUGGCGUAAGAGAAGAACUGCUCGAUGUGAUCAACUUGAUUUUAAACGGAGCCCCGAAGUUGUUUAUCACUCCAGAUCAAAUGGCUCUUUAUGUACCGCUCUGGGAUAAGCUGAACGAGUUUGUGUUCGAGUUGAAUUCAGUUCAAAUUAGUUAAUUGAUUAUUCGCAAUAUGCGAUCACUCCAUUGUUCUUCAGUGAAAAAAGACUUUGAGCAAUAGCCUUGAAUUCCCAAAUAGCAGAAAAUACUUCGUAGCAAAAAGAAAUAUUUUUUAAAUACACAUUUUGAAAAAAAUAUUUGUUUUUUA